AUGAACAAUUAUUACGGUACAAAAUUAUCUCAACGUUCAACAUCAUUCGUUAUUCCAUUUGGUAUUUUAUUAAUACUUCUUGGUACAGCUAGUAUUAUUUUGAGUGCAAUCGAUAUUAGUAAUCGUUCUGUUACAGGAAGUGGUGUUAGAAAUGUUUUAUUUGUAACAUCGAAUCAAACUGUAAUUGAUACAGUACCAACAUUAUGGUCUGAACAAAGUAUAUGGCCAACAUUUGGAAAAGGUAUUUGGGUUGGAUUAUUAAUGAUGGCUUGUGGAAUUCUUACAUUUGUUACACAUCGUGAAAAAACAUUAAUUACACUUUAUGUUUUAACAAUUGUCUCAUUUAUCACUGCUCUUCUCUCAUUAUUUCUCAUGUUAAGUUCAAUAUUAUAUUUUCAACGAUAUAUAUUUCAAGGUCGAACAAAUCCAAAUAAACGGACAUAUCAGGAAAAUAAUGAAGUUGUUCUCAAUGCUCUUUUAUUUGUUACAGGUGCACUUAGUUUUAUUCUAUCAUCAAUAUUAGCUAUUCUAUCAACAAUUGCAAGUGGAUGUUGUCAACGACAAAAAUUUGCAGCACCAUACGAACAAGUACAAGGAUUCUCACAAGCACCACCACCACCUGCCUACGGAAUACCACCUAUUCGUUAUCAAAAACCAUAUUAUGGUUAA